UAUUAAUUCCUGCAAAAGUAUUGACCCGAUAUAUAUAGUCUUUCUUUUUCCUUUCUGCCUAAAUUUUCUCUCUCUGUGUUCGGUCUUUGUCUCGAUUCUCAAUUGCGAAUGAUAAUUGCAGAAACCCCAACCCUCCUCACCCCACCCACCUUCUAGAUCGACUCAGGGUAUCUUAUUUCUUUUGGAGACCUGAGAUGGUAACUGAAUGACGGUGGCGUUUUAAGCUGAUUUCAGAAACUUUGCCCUCUGGUUCCAUUUGAUGUUGAACUAUAUGAAUUAUGGACAAAGGGCGGCAAUGAUUGAAGUCAGAUGAAAAUCCAGGAGAUUGGUGUUAGUAGAGAGGCUGAAGUUGUUAUUAUUAUUAUUACUACUAAUGGCUCUGAAGUUUAUAGCUAUUUCGGCGGUUUCGACAGUGUUAAGUUUUGUAGGUCUUCAGUUUUGCACAGAUUUGUCAUUAGAUAAACUUAAAUCAGAUGGACUAGUUGGAUGGAAUUCAAUUCACUUGGAUAAUGUCGACCAGGACGCCGAGUUACCUUUGGGUUUGUAUACCACCAUAGGGUUGUUUACGAAUUGCUUGGUCAAUGUAUUUGUCCUUCUCAAUCUUUGUCUCAAGGCUAUGUUUUUCGCAGAGUUGUAUCCGUCUGAAUCUCGUAAAUUGGUUGAACGUCUCGUGAAUUAUGUCAUUUACAAGGGGGCAUUUCUUCCGUUGAUUGUGCCACCGACACUUUAUCAGGCAGGUCUUUGGACAGCUUGGUUGGCCGUGCUUUGUUCUUUAAAGAUGUUUCAAGCUCUGGCUAGAGAUCGAUUGGAGCGGCUGAAUGCAUCACCAUCCGCCACACCAUGGACAUAUCUUCGUGUAUAUUCAGCAUUGUUAUUUAUUUUCUUGGUUGAUGUUCUCUGGAUAAGGCUUUGUCUUGCAAUAUAUACAACACAUGGAUCCUCUAUGUUUCUGUUACUAUUCUUUGAGCCUUUAAGUGUUGCCUUCGAAACCCUACAGGCCAUUUUGGUACAUGGAUUUCAGUUGCUUGACAUAUGGAUUCAUCAUUCGGCUUGCAGUAGUAGUGAUAUCCGAACACCUAAACUGCUUGACACAUUAACUGCAGGUUCUUUACUGGAAUGGAAGGGAGUUCUUAUCCGGAACUUGGGAUUUUUCCUUGACAUGGCAACAUUUUUCAUGGCACUUGGUCAUUACUUGUAUAUAUGGCGGCUUCAUGGCAUGGCUUUCCAUCUUGUAGACGCAGUGCUAUUUUUAAAUAUACGUGCGUUGCUUAGUGCAAUAAUAAAUCGCGUAAAAGGAUUUAUUAGGCUAAGGAUAGCUCUAGGAUCACUUCAUGCAGCUCUUCCCGAUGCAACCGCCGAGGAGCUAAGAGCAUAUGACGAUGAAUGUGCUAUUUGUAGAGAAGCCAUGGCUAAGGCUAAAAAGCUAAACUGCAAUCACCUCUUCCAUCUUGCAUGUUUGAGAUCUUGGUUGGAUCAAGGCCUGACCGAGAUGUAUACUUGUCCAACAUGCCGAAAGCCGCUUUUUGCAGGCCGACCUGAAAACGAAACGAAUUCAAGUACAGGGGUAAUAUCUAGUGACGAGCAACUUGCACGCCAAAUAAGUGCAGGAUUUGAUCGUCAAAACUCUGCUAGACAUAACAUGCCUGCAGGAUUGUUUCCAAAUCAGACACCUAACAACGCCGAAGGCGUUCCUUGGAGGGGUGCAGGAAUGGAAUCAGGGUGGUUACAUUCUUGGCCGAAUCCGGGUGUUGAUGGAGCUGGUCCAUCUACUGCUAUCAGAACAGUAGGUCUCGGAAGAGUUCAAAUGAUGAUGAGACAUCUUGCAUCAGUCGGAGAAACCUAUGCUCAAACCACCUUUGAUGAUUCUUCUUGGAACCUUUGGCCUAUAAAUCCGUCUCAAGCUUCUGCGAGUGCUUCAACUUCGACGACCAUUCCUCCCCCUGGUGUAAGAUUGCCAGGAGGAAGUGGUGGUUUACAUAUAAGGACCAAUUCACGAUCUGCAAAUGACAAUGUAGCAAAUGUACUUGCUAUGGCCGAGACAGUCCGGGAGGUUCUACCUCAUAUUCCAGAUGACAUGAUAUUCCAGGACUUGCAGCGGACGAAUUCUGUGACAGUUACUGUGAAUAAUCUUCUCCAAAUGUGACUUUAUUAUUAAGCUCUUAUUUUGAUCAUAAAUUAAUUGAAGAAUCAAACAAGGACUUAGAGCUACAAUUGUCGUUGGAGAGGCAUAGACAUAUAUCAUUUUAAUGUAUAUAUAGAGUCAGCACAUAAAAAAUGUUGUACUCAAGAAAGAUAGCAGAAAAUAUAUAGGCUUUUUCUUUCUCUUUCAUUUUCUCACCUUGAGUCAUGAAUGUAGUAAAAAUAAAUGUGGUGUAUUUCUCCAAGUUGGGCAAGUUCUUUUCUGUGAUUGUUGUUCAUUUAUAAAUUUUUUGUAAUUGUAAUUGUUUGAAUCUGUUGCUUCCUCUAAAUGUUCUGUAAUUGUAAUUGUUUCAUUGACCAA